AUGAAUGGGGUUUCGGACAAUGGAGGUGAACCAGUGGUGAUUGGAGGAAUGGUGCUCGACAUUAAUGCCAUCCCUUCUAUUGCCGCUAAUCCCAGAACCACUACUCCUGGAAAGGUUAUCUAUACAUUAGGUGGAGUAGCUAGAAAUGUUGCUGAGUGCAUGUCAAAGCUUGGAGCAAAGCCUUACAUGAUAAGCGCUCUGGGAUUUGACUUGGCAGGAAACUUACUGUUGGAACACUGGAAAUCUGCUGGAUUAUCUGUUGAAGGCAUUAAAAGAAGUCAAGAUAAUGGAACGGCUGUUGUGUGCAAUGUCUUUGAUGGUAAAGGAGAGUUGGCUGCUGCUGUUGCUAGUGUAGAAUCAAUUGAGAUGUUUCUUACUCCCGAAUGGAUUCAGAAAUUCAAACUAAAGGUCCGUUCUGCCCCUGUGCUGAUGGUUGAUGCAAAUUUAAGUCCUCCAGCACUUUUAGCAUCUUGUCGAAUGGCAGCAGAAAGCAAGACUUCAAUUUUGUUUGAGCCUGUAUCCGUUGCAAAAUCUAAAAGAAUUGCUUCCUUCGCAGAAUAUAUAACUUAUACCUCACCUAAUGAGGACGAGCUUGUAGCCAUGGCAAAUGCCCUUUCUUCGCGAAAUAAAUUCUUACCAAUUCAAAAAGAUUCAAAUAGUUUUGACUCGUCUAUUGGCUCAUUACUUCAAGUUCUAAAGCCUCCAGCAUGGGUUCUGCUUGAGAAAGGUGUUAAAGUAGUAAUUGUGACCCUAGGACCACAAGGUGUAUUCUUGUGCUUCAAAACAACUAGCGGACUGAAGAAACAAGAUUGCAAGAAAAAUGAACCAUUUUCUUUUAGUAGAAAAUUAUACGAAGCCAUAAGUUUAAAUUGCCCUGCCAAUAAGAUAUUAGGCACCCUUGAGUCGAAAAAGAGCCAUAAUAUAGCUAUACAUUUCCCUGCACUAUCUGCCACUGUAGUUAGGCUUACGGGUGCUGGUGAUUGCUUGGCUGGCGGUACACUAGCUUCGCUGUGUUCGGGUUUGGAUAUAAUGCAGAGUGUGGCAGUUGGAAUAGCAGCAGCUAAAGGGGCCAUUGAAAAUGAAAACAAUGUCCCUGUGGAGUAUGAAUUUGACAGAAUUGUAGAUGAUGCGAGAACAGUCUAUUCCCAAGCAAAAGUCGUCUUCUGCGAAUCAAAGUUAUAA